GAGUGAGUGGAUUCGAAGCGUGGGUACCAGGUAUCACAGUAGCAUUAUAUAUGCUUAAUUACGCCUGUGCAGCUUUAUUCUGACAUCCUGAUGGCAAGAUUGCUGUUUUCCUUUAACUACACAUAGCAUGGGGGGCGUAGAAGCCCUGAUAUUAUAUGGUGGUCAGCACUACCUGUACAACCUUGGAAGCGUAUCUAGGUAUUCAAAGUGACGAAUUAACACGACUGGCAACAAAUGUACAAUAACCUCAGGAAUCCUGUUACUGCGAAAUCGUUCAUACCUACCACAAGUUGUGAUCGUUCUAUAUUCUCUCGGGGAACAUAAGGUUCCAUACUACAAACAUUAUAUUUUUGUUCAGAGAUCCUCUGUUUUUGCCAAGCACGGAUAAACUCAUCCUCUACAGCAAUUCAGCCUAAUCAAGCACCUAUGGCCGAUUCCUCCUCCUCAUCAAGGCCUCGAAUGGCAAAGUCGUCGAAGGAGAUCAAAGCAAAAUCGCCACAUCGAUAUAGAAUAUGCGGAACGCCUGUUCGAACAGGUUGCAGGACUUGCAAGAUCCGUCGAGUCAAAUGUGGAGAGGAAAAGCCAUUUUGUAAGAGGUGUACUUCCACUGGACGGCAUUGUGAUGGAUAUGAGAUUAUCACAGACGUGAAAAAACGAAAUUUAACAAAGAGCAAACCUUCCAUACCGGCAAGUGUUCAGUCAAAUACGCUCGAAGAUUCGUUAGAAUCGAAUAUAUUGGAUUUUUUUCGUACGUAUACAGUAGCCGAGUUUGCCGGAGACUUCUCUACUGAGUUCUGGGAAAGGAGGAUUUUUCAAGCUGCUACCAUCGAGCCGUCAAUCCGUCACGGCAUUCUCGCACUAGGAGCCAUCCAUAAGAAUUAUGCCGAAACCUACCAGAAGCCUCAAACCAUAGCUGAAGAGCCAACACUGGCCCAGGCUUUUGCUUUCCGUCAGUACACAAAAGCAAUUCAAAUUUUGCGUCAAGCAAUGGUUCGCGAGCCUCACUCACUAGACAUGACAUUGAUUUCAUGCAUUUUGUUCAUCUGUUUCGAUUGUCUCGUAGGCGACCAAGCCGCAGCACUGGUUCAUCUCAAAUCAGGACUUAAGAUCCUCGACGAUAUACAUGCUACGAAUUCCCCCUCCUCAACUGCAGCACAAUGUGCACGGGACUAUUCCCCACUAUUGUUGGUACUAGGAGGACAAAUUGCCGCGUUCAUCAAUCCCAAAGCUGGGGUAGACAGGGGAGCAUUCUGGGCAGCGAUGAAACGGGCCGGUUGCUCAACCUCCCAAUUCACUCCUUUCCAGUCACUUGAAGAAGCUCGCUAUUCAUUACGGACUCUUGGUGCAGACAUCUUGCAUGCCCGUCACACAAAUUGGAACUACGUCACCGAAGAAAUAGUCAUGAGUGAAUUCGGUCCCAUGGUACGAAGCCAUUACAUGGCGUUAGAAAAUUGGUCAAAUCGUCUAAACGCAUUCAUCGGAAGAACUUCAAGCAAUCAAGAUACCACAGCUACUGUCUCCACAAAACCAAUUCGCAUUCGCGGUGUGUCAUUACUCAGAGCCCACCAUCUUCUCUUCUCCAUGAACGCCGCAGAAUCGCAUACGCCCGGGUCCAAGUUCGAAGAAAUGCUCGAUUUGUCCGAGGCGCUGGUUCUGGAAGAUAAAGCUUAUUGGAGAUCGCAAUCUAUGCCAAGGUUCAUGGUCGAUACUGGAUUAAUUGUUCCACUAGUAUAUACAGCGGUGCGCAGUGCUGAUGUUCGACAUAAAAGAAGAGCAAUUGAGAUACUGGCACUGGCCCCUGGAAGAGAGGGGCUAUGGGACACUCAGUGUGCGAUUGAUAUUGUGGAGGGAGAGCUGGCCGCUGCAAGAGGCCAGAGUCCGAGACUUCGGAUUCCUUACUUUCAUGAUUAAGAAGGAAAGAAAUGCAAGAGUAAUAGGUCACGUUUCCUGUGUGGGUUACAGAGUAGGUCAAUAUUUCAUAUCACAUGGAUAAUUGGUCGAUCGGCCAAUAGGCCAUAGAUACUUUUUCUCAAGUGCGUGAUACCUGUCGCUGAAUAUGCUCAUCUCAAUUGAGGUACGCUUAUAGAUCUAAAUAUGGGUGGAAGGAUUCCAGGGUGCAUUUCCGUAACCCAUUUUAUUUUUCUAUGCGUUUGUAAAAUACUGGUGUUAUAUUUUAAGUAUCACUUGAAAUGCAGAUUUCAACAAUCGUUUCCUCGCCAGCUAAGGAAAGUUUACUACGUGAGAUAAAUCCCGUUUGGAGCGUACAAAAUACUAGGCCCUUACGAAGUACAACAUCGAGCUGAAGCCAGGCGAUAAAGCCCCCAAGCCACCCCAACCAGCAAUAUUUCCACUACAUCUUGGCA